AGCGAAAGGGCGCGAGGGGGAAAUGGCGAAAUGGAGGGAGGGAAAAGAAAAUAUUCAAAAGGCUGAUUCCCUCGCUCCGGAAAAUCAGAAAUUUGGAUACUUUUCCCUAUAAAGGAAAAAAGCACCCGAAAUUGUUGGCAGUGGAAAAUGGCGCAGCUUCCGUGCGACUCCGAUGGCGUCUGCAUGCUCUGCAAACUCAAACCCAGUCCCUCCCAAACCCUCUCCUGUGGAACGUGUGCCACUCCCUGGCACCUUCCGUGUCUCCCUUCGCCCCCUCUCUCCCUCUCUGACUCCCAUUGGGACUGCCCCGACUGUUCUGACACCUUCUGCCAUCACCCCGUCGCUCCCACCGCUCACCUUGUCUCCGCCAUUCACGCCAUUCAGGCCGACACCUCUCUCACUGACCAACAGAAGGCCAUAAAACGCCAACAACUCCUCGCUGGCUCUGCCCACCCCUCAAAGGACAAAACCAAAGCCAAAGACAUUUUUGAUGGAAGCUUAAACUGCUCCAUAUGCAUGCAACUACCCGAUAGACCCGUCACGACGCCUUGUGGGCACAACUUCUGUUUGAGAUGUUUCGAGAAGUGGAUCGGACAGGGAAAGCGCACUUGCGCCAAUUGCCGUGCUCAAAUCCCGACCAAGAUGGCGAGCCAGCCGAGAAUCAAUUCUCAGUUGGCCAUGGCCAUCCGAUUGGCGAAGGCAGCCAAGUCGGAAGGUUCUUCGGGCCCACCCAAGGUCUAUCAUUUUGUACGCAAUCAGGACCGUCCUGAUACCGCAUUCACCACAGAGCGAGCCAAGAAGACUGGAAAGGCAAAUGCUUGCAGUGGUAAGAUUUUCGUGACUGUUCCUCCCGACCAUUUUGGGCCUAUCCCGGCUGAAAACGACCCCACCCGGAACCGUGGUGUUCUGGUCGGGGACACGUGGGAGGACCGGAUGGAGUGUCGGCAGUGGGGUGCCCAUUUGCCUCAUGUCGCCGGCAUUGCUGGACAGAGUGCUUAUGGUUCCCAGUCUGUUGCCCUUUCUGGUGGCUACGAGGAUGACGAGGACCAUGGUGAGUGGUUCCUCUACACUGGCAGUGGUGGCAGAGAUCUCAGUGGCAACAAACGCACCAACAAGCUACAAUCCUUUGACCAAAAGUUUGAAAACAUGAAUGAGGCCUUGAGAGUAAGCUGUAGGAAGGGUUAUCCCGUUCGCGUUGUAAGGUCGCACAAGGAAAAACGUUCUUCUUAUGCACCGGAAUCUGGAGUGCGUUAUGAUGGAGUUUACAGAAUAGAGAAAUGCUGGCGUAAAAAUGGAAUACAAGGUUGCAAGGUUUGCAGGUAUUUGUUUGUGAGAUGUGACAAUGAGCCAGCACCGUGGACAAGUGAUGAAAUUGGAGAUCGCCCACGCCCACUACCUAAAAUUGAUGAGUUGAAGGGUGCAGUUGAUGUAACUGAAAGAAAGGGUGAUCCAUCAUGGGAUUAUGAUCCGGAGAAGGGGUGCUGGUUGUGGAAGAAGCCUCCACCCGAAAGCAAGAAACCAGUGGACAUUAAAUCUGAAAAUGGAACAACAAUCAGAGUUAAACGGAAAGCAGAAAAUGUGUCCGUGAAAGAAAGGCUUUUGAAAGAGUUUGGUUGUCAAAUUUGUCGCAAGGUUAUGGCUUCCCCUCUCACUACACCUUGUGCUCACAACUUCUGCAAAGCCUGUUUGGAGGGUGCCUUUUCUGGCCAAAGUUUCAUCAGAAAUAGGGCAUGUGGAGGUGGACGCACUUUACGAGCACAGAAAAAUGUUAUGAAAUGCCCAUCUUGUUCAAAUGACAUUGCUGACUUUCUCCAGAAUCCACAGGUUAAUAGAGAAAUGCUGGCUGUUAUAGAAUCAUUACAACGCCAGGCUGAAGAAAAUUCUGAAGAGUUAAGUGAUAAAAAUGAUGAAAAUCUGCAUGAUCCAACAGAGGUUUCUAAACCCAGUGAUUCUACUGAUAAAGUCUUGGAGGAAAUUAAGGACAAUGAGCUGAAUCAGCCACACAAGCGAAGGAAGGAGUGAAGGAUGACUGCGAAGUUAUUUUGGUCGUUUGGAUUAUGGAUUUUCAUUGAAUAGCAAGGGACGGACUGCUGAUGCAAUUUUUUUAAGUGCUAGCAUAGAUUGCUGGAUAUUGACUUGUAUGGAUUUAAAUAUAUUUUUUAGAGGUUCAUGUGAUAGAAAAUUGGUAUCUCCUUUAUUUGUGGGUUUCAUGUCUCUAGAAGGAGAGAAUGAGUGCAUUUUACACUGGAAUGGAUAUCUUAAUGCAUUAUGUGCUUUUAUUGAA